AUUACCCAGAAAUCGAGUCGCUCAAACUCCCAAAAUGACCUCUGCCCCGAUCAUCCACUCCUAGGCCUGACCCUAACACUGGUCAUGGAGCGAUUUCGAUUCUCACUCGUGCUCCUCGGAGUCACCCACCUCCAGCUUGUCUCCGCAGUUGGGUACAUGAGCACUCUUUCAGCCAUGUGGGUUAGCACAGAUGUCUCAGUUGGCGACUACUCUGUCUGUAGCCUCCAGCUGCCAAGACUCACGGCAGUCUGCUCUUCCCAAAGGUCGCCAAUCGCGAGUGAGCCACCUUCAGACAUCUCAUUCUACGCGUUAUCGGGAGGGGGUUACUUCACCUGCGGCUUGCAGCAGCAGACGCAUUUCCCGAUUUGCUGGGGCCUGAACGUGAGCGAAGAGUACAGGAAUGUGAGGUACGCGGAUUUAAAUUCAGGUGGGUGGCAUGCCUGUGCAGUCAAGCUCGGUUCCGAUCUGGUGCACUGCUGGGGGAACAAUGCGUUCGGCCAAAGCCAGCCUCCGCCUUACCAGGACUUCUGGAAAGUCACCGCAGGUGAUUACUUCACUUGCGGCCUGAGCAGGUCCAGUUCCAAGGCAACAUGCUGGGGCCAGCUAACAUCAUCGAAUGUGACUGUUCGUGAUCCGAGAUCAACGUUCGAGAAUAUAUAUGCAGGCAGGCUUCACGUAUGUGGCAUUGAGCGAGGGACAGAGCAGACGCUAUGCUGGGGUGAUAACUCUCACAAGCAGUGCGAGCCUCCGGUUGGAGUGAAGUUUCAAGCUAUCAGCGGGGGAUUGUUUCACACAUGCGGCUUGACAGAAGACACGCAUGAAGCGAGAUGUUGGGGUGAUAAUUCCAAAUUACAGCUGCAAGUCCCGAAUGGCACUGCAUUCUCAAGCAUUGCAGCUGGAGAUUGGUACACCUGUGGAGUCACUAUGGAUGGAGGAGCUAUUCGUUGCUGGGGAUCCUACACUGGUACUCUGGACAGCGUCAAGACAAACAGAGGCUUAUGUUCCACAUCUUGCAACAGCAAAGAGUAUGUGGACAAUACAGGUGUUUGCACGUCAAACGAGGAGACUGUUUGUCUUGCUUGCUCUCAAGGUCCAUGCACUGAGAGUGGACAAACAGAAAUUGCCCCUUGCAACAAAACCAGCGACAGGGUGUGUGAUGCAGUCAACACUGUGGUACCUCCCUCGAAGACUGGUAACAAGCAGACAGGCCCGAACAUCGUGGGGAUAGUUGGCGGUGUACUUGGGGGCUUAGCAGCUGUUGCAGCCAUAGCAGGUGUUGCCGGAUACAUAUGCCGGAGACGUGCGGCUGGUGCAUCCACCCGUGGAGACGACAGGUGGGACGACCUUGCAAACAGAGUCGUAGCAUUUUCAAGUGUCGAGCUCCAGGUUGCCACUCGAAACUACGGGGAAGAUAUGAUCCUUGGAAGAGGCGCAUUUGGAGUGGUGUACAAGGGUAUACUUUCAAACGGUCAAGUUGUAGCCAUCAAAAGGGCUGCUAGUCCAGGAACGGGUUCCACGUUUGACAAGGAGCUGGAACUGCUUGGGAGAAUCAAUCACGUCAACCUCGUCAACUUGGUUGGCUACUGCAAAGCUGAGCGGCUCCUGGUUUUUGAGUUCAUGGAGAAUGGCUCUCUCUACGACUGCCUCUUCAAGAAGCUGGACUUAAAGUUGCGUGCCGUCCGUCGAGUGAGAAUCGCACUGCAGGCUGCUCGGGGUAUAGAGUACCUUCACGAGUACUCGAAUCCGUCGAUUAUCCACAGAGACAUUAAGACUGCAAAUGUGCUACUCGACGGCCAGUGGAACGCUCACGUCUCCGACUUUGGGCUCUCGCUCUUUGGCCCCGUUCCAGGUCAAACUCAUCUCAGCAACGUGACAGUUAUGGGAACUCCAGGUUACCUCGAUCCAGAGUACUUCCAGACGCUGCAGCUGACCAGCAAGAGCGAUGUCUAUAGCUUCGGUGUCGUGCUGCUGGAGCUUAUCACCGAUCGCAAGAUUGUCAUCAAGGAGCAGGGUUUGGAGCAAGAAGGCAUUGUUUCUUGGGUGUCUAACCUUGUGGAGGAAAAUCGAGCUGCUGAUGCUGUGGCUGACCCUUCUGUCCGGUACGACUUCACGAGUUGCGGAAGCAGCUUGUUGCAACAGAUUCUGCAGCUGGCACUCGACUGCACGAAGCCACGGGGGAGAGAUCGCCCGAGCAUGAGCUUUGUUGCUAGGAAGCUGGAAGAGCUGUUCCAGCUGCUCCCGGCCCAAGCUAGCCGGGACGAAGCUGGAUCUUCAGAUAGUUCUACAGCGCUAAGAAACUCCGAUACCCCACUCUUAAGCGAGCUCAGCGGGGCCCGGUAACUGAGCACCUAUUUGGCUUGUGGCAUGGACAAAAUUCAAACUGGCUGUGAUGUAGGUCCCAAAUCCAUCUAUGCUCUCAUCUUCAGAUGUUAACUGUUCAUCUUUUAUGGUUGGUUGGAUUUUUUACUUGUCGUUUCCUUUUCUGUAUUGGAUUCAGGUAGUGUUGAGAAGAAGCAAACAUUAGAGAGGUUUGCCUGAUUCAAAUACCUCAUGCUUGUGAUUUCCUAGAGGAUAUACAAGAUAAGUUUGAGUUAUUAAAGUUAAACAUAAGACAAGUUCAAGAAAAAGAUAA